AUGCGUGAACUUAAAUGGUCUAUAUUCACAAUUAGAGACUGUGGUCAUGCUGGAAAGAACCAUGGUCCGAUAUUCAUGAUACCCCCGAGUUCUUGUUUUGUCUCUGCAACUGACUUAGUGUGACCCUGGGCAAUUUAUUUCCGGAAAUUCCACUAGUGCUCUUGUCUGUUUCAGGCCCUGUCUCCAGAGCUGGGAUAAAUGAACUGUAGUCCUAGUCACUACCCUCGGGGGAUUUACGGUCUAGUUCAGUGGUUCUCACACUCCACUGCGCAUCAGAAUCCCCUGGAGGGCUCAUCAGAAUGGAGUGCUGAGCCUCACCCUAGAGUUUCUGAUUCAGUAGGUCUGGGCUGGGCAGAAAAUUUGCAUUUCUAACAAGUUCCCAGAUGAUGCUGAUGCUGCUGGUUUGGGGACCAUGAUUUGAGAACCACUGACCUAAUGGUUUAGCUGACACAUCAGUAACCACAAUUCAAAGAUUAAUGCUGUGAAAUAAGUACAAGUAAUGUGGACAACAGGGUGUGGAGAAGUGGAUCAAAAGAUGAAUGAACUGGAGAUCUAAGAAGACCUAAUGGAAGCAAGAGAGGUCAAGCAGGAUCUUGGCAAGUGGAUAAAGCCUUGACAGCCCCUUUGCUCUUACCCUGUCUGAAGCCAACAUGUCACUGAAAAAUGAGCCAAGAGUAAAUACCUCUGCACUGCAGAAAAUCGCUGCUGACAUGAGUAAUUUGAUAGAAAAUCUGGACACACGGGAGCUGCACUUUGAGGGAGAAGAGGUGGAUUAUGAUGUGUCUCCCAGCGAUCCCAAGAUACAGGAAGUGUGUAUUCCUUUCUCUGCUAUUUAUAAGACUCAAGGAUUUAAGGAGCCUAAUAUACAGACGUAUCUCACCGGCUGUCCAAUAAAAGCCCAAGUUCUGGAAGUGGAGCGCUUUACAUCUACAACAAGGGUACCAAGUAUCAAUCUUUACACUAUUGAAUUAACACAUGGGGAAUUUAAAUGGCAAGUUAAGAGGAAAUUCAAACACUUUCAAGAAUUUCAUAGAGAGCUGCUCAAGUACAAAGCUUUUAUCCGAAUCCCCAUUCCCACCAGAAGGCACACGUUUAGAAGACAGAAUGUCAAAGAAGAGCCUCGAGAGAUGCCAAGUUUGCCCCGUUCAUCUGAAAACAUGAUCAGAGAAGAACAAUUCUUCGGUAGAAGGAAACAACUGGAAGACUAUUUGACAAAGCUACUGAAAAUGCCCAUGUAUAGAAACUACCAUGCAACAACAGAAUUCCUUGACAUAAGCCAGCUGUCUUUCAUCCAUGAUUUGGGACCAAAGGGCAUAGAAGGUAUGAUAAUGAAGAGAUCCGGGGGACACAGAAUACCAGGCUUGAAUUGCUGUGGUCAGGGAAGAGCCUGCUACCGCUGGUCAAAAAGGUGGUUGAUAGUGAAAGAUUCCUUUUUACUGUAUAUGAAACCAGACAGUGGUGCCAUUGCCUUCGUCCUGCUGGUAGAUAAAGAAUUCAAAAUCAAGGUGGGGAAGAAGGAGACAGAGACAAAAUACGGGCUCCGAAUUGAUAAUCUCUCAAGGACUCUUAUUUUAAAAUGCAACAGCUAUAGACAUGCUCGGUGGUGGGGAGGGGCUAUAGAAGAAUUCAUCCAGAAAUAUGGUACCAACUUUCUCAAAGACCAUCGAUUUGGGUCCUAUGCUGCUAUCCAAGAGAAUACAUUAGCCAAAUGGUACGUUAAUGCCAAAGGAUAUUUUGAAGAUGUGGCAAAUGCAAUGGAAGAGGCACAAGAAGAGAUUUUUAUCACGGAUUGGUGGCUGAGUCCAGAAAUCUUCCUGAAACGCCCGGUGGUUGAAGGAAAUCGUUGGAGGUUGGACUGCAUUCUUAAACGAAAAGCACAAGAGGGGGUGAGAAUCUUCAUAAUGCUCUACAAAGAGGUGGAACUCGCUCUUGGAAUCAACAGUGAAUACAGCAAGAGGACUUUAAUGCGUCUACACCCCAACAUAAAGGUGAUGAGGCACCCAGAUCAUGUAUCAUCCAGCGUGUAUCUGUGGGCUCAUCAUGAGAAAAUUGUUGUCAUUGACCAGUCAGUGGCUUUUGUGGGUGGGAUCGACCUGGCCUAUGGAAGGUGGGAUGACCACGAACACAGACUCACGGACGUGGGCAGCGUGAAGCGUGUCACUGUAGGACCAUCUCUGAGUUCCUUCACAGCUGAAACAACAGAGUCCAUGGAAUCCUUAAGCCUUCAAGAUAAAAACAAAGCUAGUAACAAUCUGCCCACCCUGAGGACCGUUGAUGAUAUGGAUUCAAAACUGAAAGGAGUAGGAAAAUCCAGAAAGUUCUCGAAAUUUAGCCUCUACAGACAUCUCCACAGGCACCACCUGCACGAUGCAGACAGCAUCAGCAGCAUCGACAGUGCCUCCAGUUAUUGUAAUCACUGUAGAAGUCGUCAGAAUUUAAUCCAUGGUUUAAAACCCCACCUGAAACUCUUUCACUCUUCCAGUAAGUCUGAGCAGGGACUCACUAGACCUAAUGUUGACACCAGCUCCCUCCGCAGUUUACAGACAGGCAUGGGAGAGCUCCAUGGGGAAACCAGGUUCUGGCAUGGAAAAGACUACUGCAAUUUUGUCUUCAAAGACUGGGUUCAACUUGAUAAACCUUUUGCUGAUUUCAUUGACAGGCACUCCACUCCCCGGAUGCCAUGGCAUGACAUUGCCUCUGCAGUUCACGGGAAGGCAGCUCGUGACGUAGCACGUCACUUCAUCCAGCGCUGGAACUUCACGAAGAUAAUGAAAUCAAAGUAUCGGUCCCUUUCGUAUCCUUUUCUGCUUCCAAAAUCUCAAACAACAGCCCAUGAGCUGAAAUAUCAAGUGCCUGGGUCUGUCCAUGCCAAUGUACAGUUGCUCCGCUCUGCUGCUGAUUGGUCGGCUGGUAUAAAGUACCAUGAAGAGUCCAUCCAUACUGCUUAUAUCCAUGUGAUAGAGAACAGCAAGCACUAUAUCUACAUAGAGAACCAGUUUUUCAUAAGUUGUGCUGAUGACAAAGUUGUGUUCAACAAGAUAGGUGAUGCCAUUGCUCAGAGGAUCCUGAAAGCUCACAGGGAAAACCAGAGAUACCGGGUGUAUGUUGUGAUACCGCUGCUGCCAGGAUUUGAAGGAGACAUUUCAACGGGUGGAGGAAAUGCUCUGCAGGCAAUAAUGCACUUCAACUACAGAACCAUGUGCAGAGGAGAAAAUUCCAUCCUCGGGCAGUUAAAAGCAAAGCUUGGCAAUCAGUGGAUAAAUUACAUAUCAUUCUGUGGCCUUAGAACGCAUGCAGAGCUUGAAGGAAACCUAGUCACUGAGCUCAUCUAUGUCCACAGCAAGUUGCUAAUUGCUGAUGACAACACUGUUAUUAUUGGCUCUGCCAACAUAAACGACCGAAGCAUGCUGGGGAAGCGUGACAGUGAAAUGGCUGUCAUUGUACAGGACACAGAGACAGUCCCUUCAGUAAUGGAUGGGGAAGAAUACCAAGCUGGCCGGUUCGCCCAAGGACUUCGGCUGCAGAGCUUCAGGGUUGUCCUUGGCUAUCUUUCUGACCCAAGCGAAAACAUUCAGGAUCCAGUGAGUGACAAAUUCUUCAAGGAGGUAUGGGUUGCAACGGCAGCUCGAAAUGCUACAAUUUAUGAUAAGGUGUUCCGGUGCCUUCCCAAUGAUGAAGUACACAAUUUAAUUCAAUUGAGAGACUUUAUUAGCAAGCCCAUAUUAGCAAAGGAGGAUCCCAUUAGAGCCGAGGAAGAACUGAAAAAGAUCCGUGGGUUCUUGGUGCAAUUCCCCUUUUAUUUCUUGUCUGAAGAAAGCCUACUGCCUUCCGUUGGAACCAAAGAAGCCAUAGUGCCCACAGAGGUUUGGACUUAAGGGUUCUAUUCAUUUGCAGCUCAAGGACUCCCACCUUGAAAGGUACACUGCACACACAGUGACUUUCUGGAGACCCUCACAGCCAAAGCCAGCCCUGAUGCACUAUUGUAUCCAACCCACAGACCCUUUGGAUUGGCUGGGCAGGGCUGUGGUCCUACUGAUAGAAGGAUGCUGAACAUCAGGUGGGCUUUAUAAUUCCUCAUGCUUAUCCUUGUAAAAAGGGACUGCAUUCUUAAUGGUAGCAUAUGCUCAACAACUUAAACACAUACUCAAAUUCCAUGAUGUACAUCAAAAUGCAUUUCCUUUACUAACAAGAAUUUACCUGUACCUGUGAUCCAGGUGGCCAAAAAUUGUCUAAACCUUUUUGUUCUCCUCUGACCUUCAUUUAUGCAGCUGGUGACUGCUGGACCUACCCUCAUUUCAUAGUGCAUACAGACACCGUUUGAGACAUCGUUUAAUAAUAGAAGAUGUUGUGAGGCUGCUUCCAGGCUCUUCAAGGUUACUUGAGAUACCCCUGCCCAUCUGAUCCUGAAGUCAUAGUGUUUACUCACCCAAGAUGUGGGCCUUAUUCCUUUUCAGUGACUGAAGGCACAGGGCAGAUGCUAUGUACAUAGCAGCCCACGUUAGGCACUUCUGAUAACAUUGACACUAUAGAUCUUAACACCACAGAGGAAUAGGAAGGAAUUAAAUUUGGUUAUUGAGGCAGAGAUUUCACUUUGCUCCAAAGGCAGUGACAAGAUAUGUUCUUUUGAUAGGGCCCACCUGAUCAAAUUUGAAAACAUAUGUAGGAUAUUUCAUUACACAGCAACUGAUAAAACUCAGAGCAUGCAGCCUUCAGAAACCUCCAAGGUGUCAGCAGGGAUCUGAUUCAGACAAGAAGAGGAGAUUUCUUAUAGUCCUGGAAAAUGUCCUAUCAUCCUUAGCUGCUGGACUGAUUGAAAUUUGAGUUUCUGCAUUUGAAAAUCAGACCAGUGAAUGCAUUUUGUCUUUCAAGAGAAUCAGAGGCUUCGUAACUCCUACCACAUUAAUAAGUUAGGAGCCUAACCUUAGUUGACAUUCAGCUCUCUAGCUAUGUUAUCUUCUUUAAGAAAAUAAUUGAUUGCAAAAGAUGUGCUACUUAACUUGCAUUAUUCAAUAUACAUUAACAUUCCACCAGGCUUCUAAAGAGGUUAGGAUCUUUAUUAAUUCACAUCGUCCUGGUCUAUGAAUUGUUCUGGAAACCCGUUUUUCCUUUCUGAAUUCUAGCAUACCCUUUGGUACACCAUAGCUCUAAUUUUACAAAGCAGAACUAUUCUUCUAGCCUAAAGAGCUGAUGUAGGUUCCCAAAAGGCCUGUGCUCAUAAAACAUGGUGUGGGGGCAUUGAUCACACACGUAUGGAUUACCUGGGCAGAACCUCAUUUGAGCCAUUCUUCAAAGAGGCAAGGACCCAAUCCAUUUUCGUGGAGCUAAUAGGCCAAUGGAAAAGGUUAAACAGGAGCACAAAGUCAAUAAUCUGGGUGGGUAGGAGAGAGUGUCACACUCACAAAAGGAUUUCACAGCCAGAGAACAUUUCAGACCAAUGAGGUAGAACUGUGCUUUAUGAAUAAAUAGUUUCUCAGAUAGCUGAAGAUGGUGAAAAAUGACUUCAUUCUAUCGCAGCUGUACAUAAGACAUUUGCUAUUUAUGAAGUUUAGAUUGGCAUUGAAAGUGCUGAGUGUAUAUGGAAUACCUAAGGAUGUCUUAUAGUUUACUUUUAAAUAUUUUGUAAACUGUAGAACAGUCAACAUGCUGGCUUUUGAUUUUGUGCAAGAUGCUCCUUUAACACCAUGAAAAAUAAAAGCCUAAAAGCACCCCUUCUCUUUUAAAAAAAAAUCACAUAAGCCAACCUCUCCCCAUUUUAUAGAUGAGGAAACUGAGGCCCAGAUUGUUUGAAGGACUCACUUGAGUUUCACUCAACUGAGAGAUGGUGGAGGCAGGACUAAUGAAAUUGCUGUGGUUCAUUACUGGCCUCUCCCUUGACUUCAACAUUGUCCAAAUGCAAGGAGAUGCAGUAAACAGAUUUCAGGCAGGAGAUGUCGUGUGAUGUACUCAUGUGCUCAUCUGUCUCCCCCUGCUUGAAUGUAAGCUCCACAGGGCAGAGACUUUGCCGUGUUUUGUUCCUAGUGUAUCUGCAGAGCUGAAACAGUACCUGGCACAUAGGAGGGGCUUAGUAACUCUUUGUUAGGUGAAUCAACGAAGUCGAGGGGAGAGCUAAUGAAAUGACAGAUUUAUGGAGUCUCAGACAAGAAAUCUUACUGUUGGUUUCAGUGGCAAGUUUUCUUUCCCCUGCAUCUCCUCAAAGGCAAGAUGUUUAUCUGCAAAGAUGGGAGGCUACUGGCUUUACUUGGCGGAUAUUAUGGAACAUUCCACGCAAUAGUUGCCUAUUUGCAAUAGCAGCUUACAUAGCGCAGCAUUCUGCAGAAGUCACAUGGAACGUGGACACGAGGUGUACUGCACGGCCUAAUUACCCAUCAUCCCGACACCGCUACUACCUAAUAGAAGUUCAAAUACUUUAACAUUGCAAUACCUGAUAUCAACUUUAAAAUGCAAAGGAUUCAAAGCCUUGCAAAGGCUCAACAUUUUAUGAAUCUGCUCAACAUUUUAAAUUGACUGUAAUCCUCUGAAGCACCUAUAAAUGCUGUACCCAAUACUCUGAUCAUCUCUGUAAUAAUUUUGUUUUCAAGAAGGAAAAAAAUCCUCUGAUCAUACGAAACGAAUGGUAGAAAGUAGGGUAGCUAGCAAAGCUAUUCAGGUUAUCCAAGCUUAGUUGUUGGAGGAUACUCAACAUAGCAGGUCUGAUGCAGGCAUUUGCUCUGUAUUCAGUGUCCACUCGGUGAUUUACCCUUCCUUGUAAUGUUCUUAACUCUCAGCUCUGAUGCAUCAUGCAGAGGCUUGGAGAGGUGGCCAUUAGAUAAUCGAGGGGCACAUUGUAAUACAAAAUAAUGGUUUUAUUUUACUAACACCUUUGGAAAAAAAUUUCAUCUGUAGGUAGUCAAAAACAUGAAGAGUUAAUCUCUUAUGUAAAAACUUGAGCAAUUGUAAUAUAUCAUGAACGAACAGUCUCCCAGAGGAAAACGGCAAGCUGAGAAGCCUUUCUGCAGAUUAAGACCAUCUGCGAAUAAAUUUGUGUAGACUUGAAGAACCUACACUUCUUUCUGCAUCUCCUGACUCCUCCUUCCUUCAGCCUCUGGCCCCAUGCAGAGCACCUCCUUAUUAUGUAAAACGUUUUAGAGGACAAGGAAAGAGUUUCCGGGGAAAAAAAAAAUUAGGCCUCCACGACGAAUCUGCAUUUUAACUUCUACUUUUAAGUGACUGACAAAAUAUUAUUAUUUUUUUUUAACAGAGGUAAUCGUUCUUUUUAACAUCCCCAAUCUGAUGUGGCACUUGAGCCUUUUCUGAUGUCUGUCACCCUCUAUAGCAGGGUAAAGAGGAUCCUUCACAUCUUUUCAUCCCUCUCUACUCUCUCUUGUAUAAAACGAGCAAAUGCUAAAGGACUUUAAGUGUGCUUAGGAAUAUAUUUUUUAUUUCCUUGCAAGAUCCUCUGAGACCAAUUACUACUGGCAGCUUGGAAAUUUAAAAUGGAUGAGCGUUGAGAAAUUCUUGAAUCUAGAAAUUCACUGGAAAAGGAAUUCAUCAACAUCUCUCAAAAAGUUGCAGGUGAAAAGUCAGGGAAUUUACAUUAUUUUUAGGGGGGUGGGCAGGUACCAUAAAAUGAUUCCUAAUGGCAUUCAAUUCACACGUGAGAUAGUACAGACUCUGACUUGAGAUUGGAAGCAUUCAUGAAAGGAGCCAAACAUUUUAUCGCUUAAUUUCUUACAGGUUAUUUUUUGCCCUAAUACUAUUUUUAAUUUUUAACUUAAAAAAAGUCAUCAAACACAAGAUAAAUGAAAAUUUGUCAUGCUGAUCAUUUGGAAGGUGUAAAGUCAGAGACUAGAAUGGCAAUUCAACCAAAAUCCAGGCUUAGUUACUCUUUCCUAUCCCCAAGCAACUAUAAUUGCUCGCUUUAUUCUAGAUAAAUGCACAUAAGUGAAUGUCACCCUAAUUCUGCUCCCCACUAGGGAAUAGAACAUCAUGCCCUCCUAAUGUAUAUCUACUCGGAUCCUUCACACAAAAUAGUCUGGGCGAAAGGUACAGAUCUUCUCGUAAACUGUUCUAAAACCUCAUAACGAAGUAUUGCAGUUGGAGCACAUGUUACUGACACAGAAAACAUACUUGGCAAUGGACAUCCAUUCAGAACAUUUAGAUAUUCUGGACAGAACUCAGGCUCCGAGCCUCACCUCUACUGCAGCACUUGGCAAACCAAGCGGGGCCUCCUGUUUUUGUAAGUAAAGCUCUAUUUGAACACAGCCAUGUCCAUUCAUUUACAUGCAUUCAUGACCAAAUGAUCCACAAUCUUAAAAUAUUCACCAUCUUUAAGAAGAGCCUGCUGAUCCUUCCUCCAGAGAGAGCAGAGAAUGUCCAGACAGAGUACCUCAACCAAGCAGAUUUGGAUGAGUUUUAACCUCUUCCAUAAGAAGGUUUUCAAGUCUCCCUAUCCCAGAGCCCAACAUAUGACAAUGGAUUUAUUCUAAGAACAAGGUCAAGUCCUUCCAGGAAUAAAAUCACAUGGUUUUUGGUUCUGGAAAGAGAUGUUGUCAGCUAAAGCAGGCCUCUCCCAGCUGAGGACUUAUAGUCAUACAUGGGUGACAAUGUUUGUAACUCAAGUGUUCAAAAAAAAAAAAAAAGACGAUGGAUAGGCUGAAGGAUUUGUGUUGAAUGAGAACCAUGAACUCAGGAGACUCAAUUUCCCCUGAAUUUUCCAUCUGUGAAGCAUUGGAAAUGAUAUGUGUAUCCAUUCCCUGCUUCACAAUCAAUGCUCUCUACACCUGGUCCCUUAACUGCUUUUUUAAAAAUGUAAAUACUCAUUAAUUAAAUAAUUAAAAGUGUGAAAUCAGCAGUGUCCCUUCAUUUGCAAACCAGAUUCCUCAUUCUGCACAGAGGUUUUUGUCUCAAGUCUGACCUUGAGACAGAAAUGUGUGUCUGUGGAGUUCUACCCCACACAACAGUCAUGGGUCCCCAUGAAGGUGAGCCUCAGAGUCUCAGCAUCCUCUGCAACUCCCAGGCCUCUGUCACUUAUGAGGUAUGAUGAUGUAGUGAUGUGGCGAAUUUCUUUUAAAAGACCAAGACAGCGGUGCCUGUGUGGCUCAGGUCACGAUCUCACGGUUUAUAGGUUCAAGCCCUACAUCAGGUUCUGGGCUAGUAGCUCGGAGCCUGGAGCUUGCUUUGCAUUCUGUGUCUCCCUCCCUCUCUCUCUGCCCACCCCCCUGCUCGCUCUCUCUCUCAAAAAUAAACAUUAAAAAACAUUUUUUAAUUAAAAAAUAAAAGACCCAGCCAGCUUCUAAUAAGCACAUAUUUGAGCAAAGCCAGUGGGAGUGCUGGGGUGCAUCAGUGAACAGACCAGGUGGCCCUUGAUGGUGCCCACAUUCUAGUGAGUUGGGAGUGCCCAACAACUGUCUUGGCCGGGGCCUCUUCUAAACACUUUACAUGUUUUAGCUUAUUCUGUAGCUUUGUAGUUCCAUAUUCAGGAUGUCGUCAUGGCCCUAAGGCUGCCUUUCCCCCCAAUUCAAGACUCUGGAGGCUUACAUACAACUCCCAUGUGCAUGAGGUAUAGGUGUGGGACUGAAGCAAACACCAGUGGGAAAAGCAUGGGCUUCAGCAUUCAAGAGCUCACCCCAAAGCUCUACCCUGCCACUUGCCAGCAGUGGGACUCUGCGAGCAAAUCAUCCUCUCUGAAGUCUUCAAAUGCAGUAAUAAGGACUCAGCCAGGGAGGCCACGGAGUUACCUGAGUAAAAGCACAAUGCCCCUCACACAGUAGGUGUUUUUGAUCAAGCUGCAGCAGAUGCCUUUCAUCCACUUUCUGAAAGUUGAGGCAGGCCAUCUUGAAUGGAGAGGACAACACACCCCAUGCCCACAUCCAUAGUCUGAACUUCUUUCACACUUCCAGAAGGCAAGAAAAUGAUAGUAACUUCUAGAUCAUUUUAUAAUUUAUAAAAAUGUUGAAUCACUAUGUUGUAUGUCUGAAAGUAAUAGGAUAUUAUAUGCCAACUAUACUUCAAUUUGAAAAAAUAACUAAGAGCUUAAAUGUCCAUCAACUGAUGAAUGGAUAAAGAAGAUGUGGUUUAUACAAUACAGUGGAAUACUACUUGGCCAUGAGAAAGAAUGAAAUUCUGCUAUUUGCAGCAACAUGGAUGGAACUGGAGGCUAUUAUGCUAAGUAAAAUAAAUCAUUCAGAGAAAAACAUAUCAUAUGUUUUCACUCAUAUGUGGAACUUGAGAAACUUAAUAGAAGACCUGGGGGAAGGGAAGAGGAAAAAAAUAGUUUCAGAGAGGGAGGUAGGCAAACAACAAGAGACUCUUAAAUACAGAGAACAAACUGAGGGUUGAUGGGGGCGGGGGAGAGAGAGGAAAAUGGGUGAUGGACAUUGAGGAGGGACUUGUUGGGAUGAGCACUGGGUGUUGUAUGUAAGUGAUGAAUCAUGGAAUUUACCCCCAAAACAAAGAGCACACUGUAUACACUGUAUGUUAGCCAAUUUGACAAUAAAUUAUAUUUAAAAAAAUAAAAAAUAGAUAAAUAAACCCAGAAAAAAAUAAAAUAGAUAAAA